AUGUGCUUUAAAGCAAUCCAACAGAAAUUCAGGUCGAAAGUUCGACGACCAGCUCCGGCUGAGGCCCGAGGUCCCCAGGCCGAUAUCUCGCCCCCCGAGCCGGUGCCCGGUGGAUCCUCCACUCGCACGUCGCCGCCAGCAACCUCUGAAGAAGACGCAGCGCUUCAAUUAUGGAACUCAGCAUACGAAGAGAUAAGACAGAAGAACGAGCAGCUCACUGAGGCGUACGAAAGAAUCCUCACACUGAACAUUAAUCAUGGCGUCGAUGCCCUAACAGCAGCCGCGGCGAACAUCUUUGCCAAUGGCGCCGCAGAAGCACGCAUUCAAAGGAUGGCUAGAUCGGUGCAAAAGUCGCUCGAGAAGAUACAUGCACGCCGCAGCACUAGAGAAGGGGUCAUACAGGCAUCUGGUCUUUUGGCCAAGCUUGAGAAAGUAGGGAAACUCGCAUUGACACCGGCGCCUCCUCCGGCAACAAUGGUCUGGUCUGGCAUCUGUGCAGCGGUUCAGAUCCUAUCUGGGCCUUUCGAAGCUGAGCAGUCGAUGAUUGAUGGUCUGGAACAUGUCAUCGAUCGAAUGGACUGGUAUGUGGGUCUGUCCAGAAUCAUCUUCGAAGACGUCGGUCAAGGACAUCAAAGGCUUGUGCAACUCAAUAGUUCGCUCGAAAGCCAGGUCGCGAAAAUAUAUCGUGCGAUUCUCACGUACGAGAUGACAGCUGUCCUGUACUGCUACAAGGAUCAUCGGAUAUUUACGUAUGCGAAGGUCAUAUGGGGCUCCUACGACUGGACAAUCCAGCGCAGCAAGCUAGCCAAACUAGAAGAACGGCUGGAUGGCGACAUGGCGCACUAUUCCAGUCGCGAAUCCGUCGCAGCCCUUCGAAGCCUUCUUCGCGAGGCAUCUGCGUCGUCUGGGCUUCUGCGAGAGAUGGCCAGCGAAGUCCAGCAUUUGUCGAGUAUCCAACAAGCCCGGCAAGACCAACAAACCCAGCGCGACACUGAAGAGCGAACAAGGAGACGUGAUCUCUUGAUUGGAAGGUUCAAGAGGAUUCCGUACGAAGAACGAAUGCGGAUCAACCCCCUUCGCGUCGCCAACACCUGCGAGUGGUUCUGUAGACACCCCCAGUUCUUGAACUGGCUGGAAGACUCGGACGGUCUGCUUGUUGUUUCCGCAGACCCCGGUUGCGGCAAGUCGGUACUCUCAAGAUACCUGAUUGAAGAGUACCUCCCAGCAUCCGACAAGACGGCUCAAGCACGCAUAUGCUAUUUCUUCUUCAAGGAUAUGCCUGAGCAGCGCAGCGCAGCCACCGCAAUCUGCUCUCUGCUGCACUGCCUUUUCGUCCGAGAACCGCUGCUAGCUGAUCAUUGCGAGUCCUUGAUCAACCAGGCAGGGAGUAAUCUCACGUCACAUUUGGCAUCGUUGUGGGACGUUCUGGAACAGGCUCUCCGUCAUUCAUCCUGUCCUCCGGUUGUCUGUGUCUUGGACGCCCUCGAUGAUCUUCGUAAUGUCGACCAAGGACACAUUCACCUCGAUGGCGACGGGAAAACAGAAAAGGAUUUGAUCCAAAAGGAGAUCCAACUGGUUGUGGAGUAUCGCUUAUCUCAACUUGCCGAGAAGAAGAGACUAGAUGACACGAAGAGGCAAAUCCUCAAAGACGGCUUCGCGCUCAAGGGUGGGGAGGACAGAACUUAUCUCUGGGCCAGUUUGGUCUUUGAGAGUCUCGAAAAGAACAACAACAACACCCAAAAUGGUUGGAGGGACCUUGUUAGCAACCUCCCCCAAACCGUCGAAGAUGCAUAUGCAAGGUUACUUCAGCAGGUCAGCAACGUUGACGCCGAAAAGGUGAAGAGGCUAUUCCACCUGAUGGUUGCAGCAAGAAGACCCCUCAAGCUUAAAGAGAUGGACAUUGCACUUUGUGCAUGGGAAAAUGUUCAGCAUGAGCGUGUCGCUCGUUCAGAAGAUGGUCUGGACCUCAACUCGGCCUUUUCUGACUGGGUUAGGCAAGCUUGCGGUCUGUUCGUGACGAUCUACGACAAUCGACUCUUCUUCAUCCACCAGACUGCGAAGGAGUUUCUCUUGAAUGAGGGGGGGGAGCCAGAUGUGGUCAGGGAAUCAGACCGCCCGACGGCUUCAUGGCAUCGCCGCAUUACAUUGACUGCAGCUCACCGUGUAAUGGCCGAAAGCUGCAUCGCCUACUUGUCUAUGGAUUGUUUCCGGAGCGUCCAGUUUCGCAAUGAACUGAUCGUGAUGGAAUUCAUGAAGGAUAUAAUAUACCCCAAAGACAUCUUUAGGUGGCGCGACGUACGAUCUGUACCAGUCACGUUCUGUGACUAUGCUAUCUCUUUCUGGACUCAUCACUUCGACUUUGCGCAGAUCGUUUCACACGAUGGCAUCCAGGAUAUUUCCGAUGGCUUUCAAAGUUCCUAUCUCUCUCUUUUUGGUCAAGACAACCCGUUGUCCUCACCUUGGAGUAUUUGUGCUGCUCUGCAUUGUGAGGGCGUAUCGUUGUCAGAGACAAACCUUCGCCCGACUAUUGAGCUCGUGAAAGGCGAAGAACAUCGAUGUAUCGAGGGCUUAACACCUUUAGGCUUACGAGCUGCUCUAGGCCACUUCGGCGCCGUACACGCGAUCCUGGAAGAGACGUGCAUCUCAACGUCAAUGCUACCAUAUGAGGGUUCGGAUGACCUGGCCCUGCGAAGAGAGAACGGAAAGCAGGUCUCACAUAGGCCUCGGUCACUGCCACACCAACCCAAUUCAACGCGGCUUCCGUAUUUGGCUCAUCAGCCCAUUUUCUUCGCGGUAACUCAGCCGCACUGCAGCUGCCUAAAAUACAUACUCGCAACUUGGCGGCAGUCGCAACUUGGCGCACUUGCCCCAGACGGAACACCCUUGUUGUUAUUCGCCGCGAAACACGGUUUUUAUCAGGCCGUCACUCUAUUGCUACAGCAUGGCUUUGACUACACCAUUCAGGACCAACACGGCCACAACUUGGUGGAUGCGUUCAGGGCCUCACUUGGAGCAAGUCCUAAGCUUAAUUAUAUUGGAAUGGAUCCGGAAAGCUGCGAAGAGGCUCUUCGCUUGUUGUUGGCUGUAUCGCAAGCGUCCCAGUGGAAGCCCGAUUGGUCGUGCCUUCUACGUUUCGUAGCUUGGUUUCUAGAGCCCGGACUGCCAAUGCUCAACGAACGGUUAGGCCGAUUGGCACUGGCAAUGAAACGUGGCCGUCCAGAAGCACUCAAAACAUUCCGCGAAUCACAGACUUUCACAAGAGCUUAUAAAGAAAGUCUGGUCAAGGCCCUUGUUGACCGAGGGGCAUCUGUCCGUGCAGUCGACGAGUGUGGUCGUUCGGCGCUGCACUUGGCCUGUCGAAACGGAGGUUUCUGGACCUUUAUGUUUCUUCUCGAAAACAACCCCAUCGUCAGCAAAGUAGACCGAUCUGGGCAAUCAGCACUUCAUCAUCUCUGUCAAAGGUUGUUUAGCGUUGGCGAAGAUGAAUUUUCUGUAAUGGCGACCGUGUUGGUACAAUGCGGAGUCGACAUUAACCUGGCGGAUGUGGACGGUAUGACUGCCCUCUACUUCCUACUCGACAACCUACCACAAGCGGUGUGUGUGGAAAGUUUACUGAACAAUGGCGCCUCUGUCCAAGUCAAAACACACAAUGGUCGAAGCGCUUUUCACUUCCUUCGCCAAAAAGCCGCGCCGUCCGAGGUCGUAGAAUUGCUCCUCAAAUAUGGUGCCGAUAUAGAAGCAUUGGAUGAUCAGGACAACACCCCACUCAUGAGCUUACUGUCUGACGAGUCUGAGGGAAUCCAUGAAGGGCAAGCACUGCUUUUCAAAGGCGCAAAUUUGCAUGCAAGGAACAAGGCUGGAGAGACCCCUUUAGGGCGGUUAAGAUACCUGAGGUCGGCAUUUGACGUGGGUGGUGAGCUCGCAAAAGUAUGGCCGGCGACAGAAUGUCUCUCUUUGGUGGUUCAGAUGCUUGCCUGGGCAGAUUCGCAGAAUACGAUGAAUGAGUAA